AUGAAAAGAGUGUACGAAAGUGGCUCCCAAAAAAGAAAAAGAAAGCAAGAAUUGGAAGAAGCUCAAAAGAAAUUAACAAAAAUUACAAAUUUUAUAAGUGCGAAGGAAAAAUCACAGGAAAUUGAAAACUCAAAUUCACAGGAUCCUACAUUUGAAGACGCUGAUUCAAAUUCAGAGAAAGCUGUAUCUACAAAUGAGAAAAAUCAAAUAAAUAAUGACAUGCCCAAUACCAAUAUUUCUUCAAAAUCGCUGCAAAAUAUUCAGUGUUCUGAUGUUGGUCUUUGGAGUCAUUUAUCUAAAACGGAUGUUGAUUACUGGAUUAAGAAGGGACCUUUAGACUGUCAACAUCGCAAUGGACCAUUUGAUAAAUCAAAGAGAGAAUUCACAAAUGCUUCUCGAUAUUGCUCUAAAAAUAUUUUUCAUGGAACAAAAAUUAACGGAGAAAAGUAUGAUAGAGAUUGGUUAGUUUACUCUCCUGCAACGGGAUGUGUUUAUUGUUUCGUAUGUAAAAUAUUUUCUGCAUCGUCAACAUCUCUUGCAAACGAAGGAUUUAGUGACUGGCGUAAUCUAAUUUCUAUUCAACAACACGAAAAUUCUGAAGACCACAGAAAUGCUUUAUUUUCAUUUUUAACGAGGAGACGUGAAUCGAAUUUGGAUUUGCAACUUGACAUGCAAGUUACUCAAGAAAAAGAAUAUUGGAAACAAGUUUUACGCCGAGUAAUAGACGUCAUUAGUACUCUAGCAGAACGCGGCUUAGCUUUCCGAGGAAGUGAAGAAAAAUUCGGCUCAUCAAAUAAUGGCAAUUAUUUAGGAAUCCUGGAACUGAUUUCAAGAUAUGAUCCAUUUCUUGCGACUCAUAUUGGACAAUACGGUAAUAGCGGUUCUGGAAAAUCAUCCUAUUUAUCAAAAACAAUAUGUGAUGAACUCAUCCAUUUGAUGGCCUUAAAAAUCAGAGAAUCAAUUUUACAAGAUAUAAAAACUGCAGGAUAUUUUAGUAUAUCUGUUGAUUCGACGCCAGAUUUAUCACAUAUUGAUCAAUUGGCUGUAAUUAUUCGAUAUGUCUCACCGGAUAAUGGAUUACCUAUUGAAAGAUUUCUAACAUAUCUUGACAUAAAAAGUCAUACUGGCGAAAAUUUAGCAAAGGUUGUCUUAACAUAUUUAACCCUUUCGCUACGGCAGUGUCGUCCGCCGAAGUGGAAUGCUCAUGCACAAGCUACUUCAGCUGUAGCUAGAGGUUACAAUGAAAUAAUUGCUGCUCUUUACCACAUUGCUGAAGAUGGAAAUGAAAGCGGGGAAUAUCGAAAUGAGGCUUCUGCUCUGAUUAACAUAAUGGAGGAGCUCGAAUUCGUCUUUAUGUUAGAAUUUUGGGAAAAAAUAUUAAAUGAGUUCGACAAAACAUCUAAAGCUCUCCAAAAUGCAGAAAUAACAAUAAGCACAACUGCAAAACUUUACUUUGCACUGUCUCAGUAUGUGCAAAACGUUCAGCAAGAUUUUGAUGACAUCGAGUCUCAGGCAAAAGGAAAACUUCCUGAUAUUGAUUAUAAAUCUGCGAGAAAACGAAAGAUAAAAAGAAGGAAGCAAGUUAAUGAUGUUAUUAUAACUAUUACUGUUAACACGAUCUCCGCUGUGACAGCCGAUCACGAAGUUAGCACAGCGAUAGAACCAAUCAGCACUUUGGAAAAGCGACAACAAUAA